UAUUUUGCUUGAGGAAUCGAAUAGCUUUUGUAAUAGUAAUAAUCAUUAUUUUAGGCUAAAUAAGGAACUUCGAUUGAUAAAUAUUGAUAGGAACUCUUUGGAGACUCUUUGAGCAAAAAAAAAAAUGAUUUUCUCCACAGCAAACAAAAUUGCUCAAGAUAAUUUUGAUUGAUCAAAGAAAUAUUUCGUCAUGAUUGUUUGUUCAUAGUGCGACCUAAAUCCCAUUUAUUUGUCUCAUGAUUAUCAUGUACUAUUCAAUUCGUCAUCAACCAACCAAACAUAGCUAUCAAUCAAUUAGAAUGUCAAACAAACAUGAUAAUCCGUAUAUUUGGAUUUGUUCUCUUGUAUUUACUUCGUUUCGAAGAUCAGCAAAUAAAAAUAGAGAAAAAAAGUUGACAAAAGAGACAAAAAUUUUAUGAUCAAUGAGGAUUUCGUAAAUUUGAAUACGUCGAUACAACGUCCAUUUAUUGGAUUGGUAGUCGGAUAGUCCAAGUUAAUUUGAUGAAUGUAUCCGACAUCAUCACAUGCUUUCACACACCAUUUCAUAUUCAUUAAAGUGUGAAAUUCAAAUCUGCCUUCGUCUUUGUUACAAUGAAUAAAUCAUUUUAUUUUCUCUCACUUUCUACUUUUGGCUUUCACUUUUCCUAUUAAACAACUUCCCUCGCUUGUUUUACCUUUUACGAUUUCUCUCAGGUAACUUGCUUCAAACGAUCUUGCCAAACGACAAUUUCCAAAAAAUAUCAACAACAAUGAUAUGCUCACCUGUUACUCUCACAUUUUUCAACGUUUUAUUUUUUUUAUAAUGUGUCUUAUGCAUCCAUUUGAGUGAUUUGAGUAACCAAGAAAAAUUCACGUAGACUUUUGUUUUGAUACUUUAUCCUUUAUGUGGUUAAUUUAACAACAAUUGUUUCUUCGUUCGCAUUCAGCAUUUUACCAAAAAUCGAUGAGAUGAAUAUUUUUGUUUCACUUUCUUUUGUCAAUCAUUAUAUUAUUAGUAAUAAUAAAAAGAUAAUGAAAUAUGAAUCCGCUCUCAAACUUCUGACUGGAUAGAAUGACAUUUUGUGAUUUUUUUUCGAAUCAUCUACUGAAUGGGAAUCGAUUGAACUUGAUUUCGUAUCUUUUUGGAACAUCAAUCAACUAAAACAUGCGUUUGUUAAAACAAAUUUCAUUGGACGGCCAUAGUCCACUCAACCUUUCAACUAGUCUUCAUUCUUUUCGAUUUUAUUAUCAUGUUGGAACCAAUUAUAAGUUAAACAAUGAUUUCGGGAAACAUCUGGCUGAAAUUCUUGAUCGUAAUGUACGCUUAUUAAAUAUGAUCACUUGUGUCGAUCAAAUUGACAAGAACGAUGUCUCAUUAUUAAAAGCUUUAGAAUCUUUGAAUGCUUGCAUAGUUACAUUAAUUGAAAUGUGUGAAUUUACGAAAGCACUCCAUUCCACAAACAUCAACAACCUGGAAGCAAAAGAUUUUGCGACAAACAACAAUGGCGAAAAACAAAAGUCUAAACUUCGUCGUCAUUAUUCAUCAUUUGUAGAUGGUGGACAAUUGUUUCGUAGUAAGCGAUCAUCUUCACAAUUAUUAAAUGGCUUCAACGAAAAAGAUCCUACAUUGAUAGCAAAUGAAUCCAUUUAUAUUGAAAAUAUAAUUGAAAAUUCCAUUCAUAAACUUAUUGAAAGCAAUAUAUUAAAUUUAUUGGUCGAUUCUAUACCAAAUAUUGGUUUUGAGGAGAAAAAACUGGCCAGAGUCAUUUUAACAAAUUCUUUAACGAUUGAUUUGAAAAAAAAUAAAAUAAUCGUCGAAUACUUUUGUGAUCCUUCCAAUCAAAUAUUGUGUUCAUUAGUGAAAAGUUAUGAACAUGGAAAAAGUGACGUUACAUUAAAUUGCGGCUGUAUUUUACGUUUCGCUGUACAGUUCGAGCCGAUCAUUUUCAAAAUUUUACAAUCCGAUUAUUUCCAUAAUUUUUUUGAAUACAUGAGACAAUCAUCAAGUGAUUAUCCAUUCGAUGUGGCAAUGGAUGUUUUCUAUACAUUCAAGACACUCAUGUCUAAACAUAAAAAAUCUACGACCGAAAUUCUGUUGGCGAACAGUGAUAAAUUUUUCGAUUCAUUGAUUAAAUUGUUAGAACAUGCAGAAUUAACAGAAGACUAUGUAACUAAGCGUCAAACCUUGGAGGUGCUUACAGAAAUAUUUUCCGGUCAUGAACGUUUUGAUUUACGAGAAAAAUUUAUCAUACACCAAGAUUUCAUUUGCUCUGUGAUCCGUUAUCUUUGGAAUCGAAAUCUUCAAAUUCGUUUACGUUGUUUAGCAUUAAUGAGUCAAUUCAGUCAGUAUCCUUUAUUAACGCUAUUAUCAUCGGAUGAAGAAAAUGAUGAUGAUGAUGAUGAUGGAAAUGCUACAAUCACAAAUACCGACAAUUGUUCAUGGCCAGAAAGUUCACGAAUGGAUAGAUUAAUCAAAAAAAUCAAAAAUACUUUUAUUGAAGCUCAUCCAAACAAUCGAAAUUGCGAUAUUAAUUCACAAAUCAAGAAAAAUUUGAAUGAGCUGAAAAAUGAAUGUCAGAAAUCAAAUAUUAAAAACUUCGAACAGCUUGUUUGUUUUAUCCAUCAAUUAAUCCAAUUGCUUGAUUUUAACGAUUCACCCUAAUCAAUUUUGUAAUAUGAUUUUGUUUGUACGAAAAAAAAUUCCAAUUACAUUUUUUAUCAUCAAAUAAUCACUUUAUUGAAAUGACCAAUA